GAUAAAUCAUAUGGAAUCCAUACAAAACCAUCUAAAAUCCAUGAGAAUCCACAUACGUGUGGAUAACCAUCUGGAUUUCCAUCUCAUCUUUUCAACGGAGAUAUUAUUAUUACUUAUUUCUUGUAACUAUAAAGGUCUAUGUAUUAUAUAUCUGUUGAGAUGUAUGUAUUCUUUUAUUGUAGAAGUGAAAAUAUGAGUGAUGUUAAGAGAAGGAAAAAAAAUCGAAAUUUUAUUACGGAUAGACAUUAUAGAAGAUUGAUACAAAUGAAAACCACGAAAUGUUGCAAUCAAAUCUUUUUUUCUGCGAUUAAUGCUGUAAACAAAGAUAGUAAAAAUUGUACCGGUACAAAGAAGUCAUUGCCAUAUGAUAAGAUAAUAACAAAUAGUAGUGAUAAUAGUGAAAAAUUUGAAGAUGUAACAAUUACAUCAUGCGAGUUGCACGUUGAUGAAAACUGUUCAUCUUCUCAGUCUGAUCAAAGUAGAGGUUUAAAUGCACAAUUUGAUGAAUUAGAAAAUAGAAAUUAUUUGGAUGACACUGCCAAAUUAAAAAAUUUUUUAACAGAUUGGGCUUUAAAAAACCACAUUACACAUACUGCAUUAUCCACAUUAUUGCAAGAAUUAAAAAGUCAUCAAUGUUUUUCUAAAUUACCUCAGGAUGCAAGAACAUUACUUGGUACACCAUGUGACGUAACGCGUCCGGUCGCGUUCGUCACAAGGGCGUAAGCUCGACCGAGGGGGUCGAUUUGGGGCUCCUCCUCGCUGAGUCGAGGGGGACGUGACUUUGUUUUACGUUUAUUUCUUUCUUUUCUAGUUUCCGCGUUACCGUAUCAGAUUAAUUAGGGUAUUUAGGACUAAGGCGCCGAGUGAGGGCUUAAUUUUGGUUGUACCACUAACGGAGGAGGAGCAGCCAUCGGGGGAAAAAGUAUCGCGAGCAGUCGACAGGAGGAGAGGUGCCCCGCGCAGAGUUUCCCCGCCGAGCCGUGCACCGAGCCCGGCUGAUUAUUACCGUCCUGAGCCGCCUGGAUACCGCCGCCCUGAGGAUACCGUGGCAACAAUGAUACCGCAUAGCAGCCGGAAAGAUUCAUGAGAGGAAUCACGCCGAGGGCACGCCACCGGGCUGCAAACCGGGGGAGCGACCGUCAAGCUGUCAUCCGCCGCCACGUAGAUCGGUUUGGUCACGACAUGGCCAGCCGGGCCGACCGAAAAUGGCAGAGCGCUAACACUCGCCUCGGCGGAAGUCGUCACGCGCGGACCACGAGGCAGUUCGAGAGGCGAUGCGGCGCCGCAUGAGAUCGAGGCGUGCGGAUCGACCGAAAAUCGAAGCACGCGCAUGCGCGGCGGCUCGAGUCGGCCGGCGCGGGACCGGGGCUCCUCACUGUUCGGCACGCCGUGACUGCGUACGCUUGCAGAGGACGAGCCCCAGAUACCGAUCGUUACCGAAGACUUCGAGGACCAGGACUCCGUUCGCUUUGUAAGGCCAUCACUCGGCAGCCAGCGAUUAAGUAAGAUUCGGGAAAGGCGGUCGAACCUCGUGCGGGACCGGGUACCGGAUACCGUCUCCUCGGAGGACGUCGGUCAUCCGAAUCCGAUAUUGUUAGUGAUAUUAGUGUGUAAAGUAACUCGAAGUAAAGAGUAGAGUUUUGUGGCCGCACGAGGGCUCGGACCGACCGGCCCCGAAUAAUUGAUACCGCGAGUACGUCCCUCUCGGACUGCGCCGGAGCCGACAGUCAUAGGAUUAGAAUCACUGUUACCGCGAUUUGCUUCCGUGAUUAUUACUAUUGUCUUUGUUUGAGCGGAGAGCCUCGCCGGCCUCCCACCGCGUAUUAUCAAUUCUGUCUUUUCCACAUUGUUGUGUCUUUAAUUAGUUUUUGUCUCUAUCACAGAAAAAUUCGUGCAUUAAUUGUAUGCAGACGCAUUGAGUAAGCUCCGUGCAGCAUUGUUACCGUUUUCACUCAGUAAGGAAAUAUAAAAUAUUCUUUGAUUGUUAAAUAAGUGAGUACCGAAUCUUUAUACGACCUGCCUCGAUCCGACUUUUCCACGUUUUCCGAUUUAUUAAGAACCACGCCACUCUAUCGUCUCGAGAGAAAGAGCUACCGGCACUUGUGACGCUUUCCAGUUGGUUACCGUAUUAUAGUCGAUUAUUGUGUGGCGCGAGAAGUCGCGCCUGGCGCCCAACAAUUUAGCGUAUUGGGAAGUUACCGUUCUUGCAAGCUACCGCUAUCGUAUCGAGGGCAACCUCGAUCGAUAUUGGGGGAUACCGUCUACAAGAUACCGCUAUCGUAUCGAGGGCAACCUCGAUCGAUAUUGGGGGAUACCGUCUACAAGAUACCGCUAUCGUGUCGAGAGCAAUCUCGCCCGAUAUUUGGGGGAUACCGUCUAUGAGUUACCGUUCUCACAUCGAGAGCUAGUCUCGAGCGAGUGGGGGAUACCGUAUGCAAGCAGCUGAUACCGUAUCGAGAGCAUUCUCGAGAAAUAUUGAGAUUAACGUCGAAUAAACUAUCGCAUCUAACUGGAAAAGCGUUACUCGUUACCGCAUAUAUAGAAAUUCCCGUUUAAUUGAGCGUAGCCCCCUCGGACCUGGCGUUCCCGAGGGAAAGCUACGUUGCAACCAUUACAAUAUAUUGUAAAAACGAUUGAGCCUGGAGAAUACAUACAUUUUGGUUUAUACAACGGUAUAAAACGAUCAAUUGAAAAACAAACUUUAACAACUACAAUUGAAGUAGCAAUUAAUGUAGAUGGCCUUCCACUUAGUAGAUCUUCCAGUAAUUCAUUUUGGCCAAUUUUAGGAUCUAUUUUACCUUAUGGAAACGUUUUCAUUAUCGGUGUUUAUUAUGGUGAAGAGAAACCAAAAAAUGUUAAUGACUUUUUAUAUGAUUUUGUUUCUGAGGCAAUAGAUUUGUAUACAAAUGGAAUUUCGAUCGAUAAUUUUCAAUAUCUAUUUAAAAUAAAAUAUUUUGUAUGUGAUGCUCCUGCUAAAUCAUAUAUUUUGCAAUGUAGAGGGCACACUGGAUACUACAGUUGUACAAAAUGUACAGUUGAAGGUGUUUAUAAGCAAAAUCGAGUAUGUUUUCCUGAAAUUAAUGCUCCUAAACGUACAAACGAAGGUUUUAGAAUGCAAAUGGACGAUUCCUAUCAUAUAUCACAAACCUUACUUGAACAAAUUCCCGCUCUUGAUUUUGUAAAAGAUUUCGUAUUAGAUUAUAUGCAUUUGGUAUGCUUAGGUGUUACACGUAAACUGCUUAACUUAUGGGUAAAUGGAAGUAUAGGAUGUCGUUUACAGUAUCGUGACGUAGAAAAAGUUUCUGUUGCACUGGAAAAUUUAAAACAAUAUACACCAAAAGAAUUUGUACGUAAACCACGCUCAUUAAAAUAUUUAAAACUAUGGAAGGCCACUGAAUAUCGUCAGAUACUUCUAUAUACUGGACCAACAGUUUUACAAUCUAUAUUAUCACGAGACAGUUAUAAUAAUUUUAUAAGUUUACAUGUAGCAGUAAGAAUAUUAUGUAAUGAAAAUCUUAAAAACGCUUAUAUGGAAUAUGCCAAAACAUUACUAGAACACUUUAUUGAGACAUUUGGAAUCUUAUAUGGCAAACAUCAUAUAUCGCACAAUAUACAUUGCUUGUGUCAUCUUACUGAAGAUGUCAACAAUUUUGGUAUUCUGGAUAAUUUUAGUAGUUUCAAAUUUGAAAAUUUUAUGCAAAUACUAAAAAAAUUGAUUCGAAAAAAUGAAAAACCACUACAACAAUUAUUUCGAAGAUAUCAUGAAGCACGACAUGUAACAACUAAAAUAAAAAAAAGUACAAAAUUGUAUCCUAUAAAAUCUACAAACCAUUGCAAUGGUCCGUUAUUACCUUUAUCAAACAAUCCACAAUACAAAUCAGCAGAAUGUACUUUUUUUACGUUAAACGCAGAUAGUAAAGCGAACAAUUGUUGUGGAUUACAAGAUAAUACAAUAAUAUUACUUCGUAAUAUUGCAUAUAAUACAGAAAGCAAAGAAUUAGUAAUUAUAGGCAAUCAAUUUGAAUGCAAGGAAAAUUAUUAUAACACGCCAUGUGAUUCAUCUGUUCUUAGUAUAUAUAAAGUAUCACAAUUAUCUAAAUUAAAAAUGUGGCCCUUACGUACCAUUAAUAUAAAGUAUGUAACAUAUCCAGUAAAUAAUAAUGAAUAUAUUAUUAUUCCUCUUCUGCACAAUGAAAUAAUUGAAAGUACAGAAUUGUGACAUUUAAGAAUGCUUUUCAAUAAUAAGCAGAAACGAAUUUUUAUUGUAAAUAUUUUAAUGUUAUUCUAAUAUACUAUUAAUAUUUUUAUUUGUGUAUGUGCAAGUAUAUUAUUUUAUGUUAUGUAUUUAUAUAUUUUAGGUAAAAAUAAUAAAUAUGAGCAAUAAAGAAAAUUCUUAUUAUAUUAUUGAAUUUGAAGAUGGUAUGCAACUUAUACCAUAUAAUUGGUUCAAUGCAUCUAAAAGUAAAGCAUACUGGCCUAAUUUCACAAAUAUUAAAAAAUAUGACAAAGCUGUGCAAUACAUGGAGCCCGUUGGAAAGAACUGGCCUUUAUAUGAUGUACAAAGAAUAUUAGGUAGUGCUCAAUCUUUUGAGUCUGGAAAAAAAAAAAUUAAAAUUAGCAGAGACCCAUUCAGAUCUGAAUACUGACAUCAGUGACGAAGAAAAAUCACAAAAAGAAAGAAAAGUAAGGGCUGCUAAACAAUUAAGUAGCGAAACAUAAUCUGAUUCAGAAAUCAUAGAAUCUUUGUUAAAGCCAUUUUCUGAGAUUAAAUCAUAUAAUAAAACUGUUAAAACUACGAAAACGAUUGAGGACAGUAAAUGCGAAAAUGUACAAUAUGUAGACAACCAUUCAGCUUCAUCAUCAUCAGUUCAAUCAGAUAAUAAUAUAUUGCCCUCUGAUCUUCCAACUGUAUCAAAGAGUCAAAAGAGAGAUGCAAUUACAGAAGUUG